UUUUCUCACCAAGAUAAGAUUAGACAAAGACGCCACUCUCCCACAGCCUCCUAAACCCACCCUUUUAGCACAAGACGUCAACCAUGGGCAAGAAGAGGCAGCAAAAUGACUUCUUUUUCUUCAUGCUCGAGAAGAAAGGUGAAGUUGAGAGGAAAUCGGGCAGGGUCGUGACCAUGGCGGAGUUGCCUGCACUCCUUUAUCCCGAGUGGAAGGCAUUGCCAGAAGAAGAGAAACGUAAGUACAAGAACAUGAGGGAUAGCAAGCGAGGUGAUGAAAAACUUGAUUGUAGAGGAAUACCUUUGGCUGACAUUCAACAAGAACAGGAGAAAAAAAGGAAGAGAAUUGAGGAGAUGAAGAGCUACAUUGCAAAUAAUGUUUCAGUGUUGCGGUCUGGCAAUGCUCUUCACUGUGGCAAGUUCUACAUCGUUAGUACCUCUUACUAUGUGUUGACCGAAGAAGGCCAAUAUGCUCCUGCUGAACUGGGAUUAGUCCAGUUCUCUUUUCAGCGAGGGAUCAUCAAGGAAUUCCAUGUGAUACUGAAACCGGUGAUCCCUCUGUCCUACGGUUACUUGGCUCAAGUUUACUCCGAGGCAAACCAUAUGCUCCUCGAGGAAGAGAACACAAGUGGCGAGGAGAAGGAGGAUGUGGCUGUGGCCGUCAAGGAGUUUGUACAGGAAGAGAGUAAUAGGCUGCCACCGUUAUACACUUUGGAAGAGGAAAUGCCGCAGGCUGAUGCAAUCCUUAGUGAAAUAUGUGGACCAAAUUACUUCAAUGUAUAUUCCCUGGACCAGCUGUUCCAACAUUUAUACUCUGUGACUUUUGUUGACAAUCCCAUACCCUUGAGUAUUGCUACUGAUAUGCUGACACACUGUAGCUUGGAUUACCACCCAUCCCUGCCAUGUGGAUGGCACCAGACAUACCAAAAGGAUGCAGGUCGAUACUGCUCUUUGUCUUGCGCAAAACGAUGGGUAUUUCACAUGUGCGAUAACAUGAAACUGUUAGACACUUUUGGUAUACAGCCACAGGAGGGUAAACAUCUACCUCAGCCCAUCCCAGCUUUUGGCACUGUUGUAGAUGUUCCCAGACACACAUUUAAGGAUUGCUCUUUAGAAAGUCGUGGGACUAAUAAUUCUAGAGUAGACAGAUCCUAUGUAGAUGGUGCCGCUGCCUCUUCCCAGCCAUGGCAAAUGGUUAAUUCUUCUGGAAAUAGAGGCAAAGGAGUGCAGAAUAAACCCAAGCCUGAACAAAAUGAUGUAGGAUUUUCUUUCACAAGGAAGACAAAGGUUGAGGCAGCCCCAGCAGGAGCUCCAGCAAGAGCUCCAGUCAGACCCAAAGGAUCUUGGAGUAAUGCAGUUGCUUCCUCUUCUCCGAAAGCACCCAACUUGGCAGCCUCCUUCUCUGCUUCAAGUGUAGACACCUCGUGUGAAGACGACUUCCCUGCUUUGGGAGCAAGGAAUGGAUUUUCAGGCAAUAGUUGGAAUGCUCCAUCUCAUAAGAGAGGUCAGAAGAAGAAGUAAUGAUUUUAGCUGAUAAUUUGUGGACAUAAGGUAUGCAUUUCCCUUAAGUUUAUGAGGAGGGAAAUAGUGUAAGUGAUUUUUUCCCCCCACUUUUAGUUAUGGAAGCUUUAUUUUGUGUAUAGGUGAAGAUUCAUUUUGUUAUAUUGCCUUUUACUGUUGGAAAAAGCUGGUACGUCUUUCAACAGGAAAAACAAAAAAUGGCAUCAGUCUUUAUUUUGUUUUAUGUGAUUUUCUUUCAUUUUGAUAUUGCUUUUGUGCUAUUUGAUUUAAAUUCAAGUGUAAGAUUAAUCAAGUAUUGUUUAAAUUCUGCUCCCAAUAUAAAUUUUUUGGUUCUUUUUGAUGCACUUUUGCAAAUGAAGAAAAUUGAGUUAUUUGUGUUUGAUACUUAUAAAUUUAGACAAAGCUUUGUAAAGAUUAAUUAUGACUGACUUUAUAUUAAUAAUCAUCUUUUAGUAAGAUAAUCAUGGGUUACAAGAAUAUGAGUCUUGUUUUUAAAAUGUUUUGUUUAGCUCAUUUAUAUUACUGUGAACUUACUUUCUGGCUAGAAAAUGUCUGAUGCCAUUAGAAAUGUGCCAACUAUUAUUUUAAUGUAAGAAAUAAAGUUCCAUUCCAA